UUUGGCGCAUAAGUUGUAUUGGUUGUAUGCUUGUGUGAUUUUUUAAAGCUUGUUAGUGUAGUAGGAGUGUUUUGAAUAUUAGAGGUGUUAAUGAAUUUAAAAGAAAAUGCCUGUUGAACAGAUUCAAUAUUCUGAGAAGUAUCAAGAUCAAAAUUACGAAUACAGGCAUGUGAUUUUACCAGCAGAUAUUGCCAAACAUGUUCCGAAAACUCAUUUGAUGACAGAAACAGAGUGGAGGAACCUUGGAGUACAGCAGAGUCCGGGUUGGGUUCAUUAUAUGUUGCAUUCACCAGAACCACAUAUUCUUUUGUUCCGAAGACUGAGAACGGACAAGCCCCAGAAUACGUCAGAAGCAACAGAGGGGAAUGAACCCCGCGGCGAUCAAUGAAUUUUCGUUUGUAAAAUAUCGUGCCUGUGAUAAAAACAAUUCCGUGGAAUUUAAUGUUGUGAUUUCAUUAGUUUUAGUUAGUACCUAUUACAUUAGUCAAAACGUAUUACAUAUCAAGUGCGAAAAUUCCCAGGUAAAACUGAUGUGAAAAUGUGACCAAUUUUUUUCGAAGAGAUUGUCAUAAUGUUGGCAUGAAAUUCUGCAUAAAAGAUUAGGAAACGUGGAAUUCAGUAUUAAGUAUUUUGUGUAAAUACUGCAAACAGUGACUGAAUUGUUUGUCAAGGAGCAUUUGUUUUGUAAAUAAUUUUAUAUAAGCCCUUCGUAUUGGGGAUAGUUUUGUGGUAAAGUAUAUGUAUGUUAUUUUAAGAAACUGUGUUAUAGUUCUGUAGAUUGGAGUAUGUGCCUUAAUAUAUUAGCCUAAUAUAUUUUUAGAAAUGCAUGCCAAACAAAUAAAACCCAACAUUACAGAA